GAGCAGCCUGACGUCAGCUCGGAACAAUCAGAAAUUGACUCGGUUACAGCCGCUCGCCUGACAGCACAAAGGCAAAGGUCAUUCAGGAAAACGUAUUCCAGACAAGGAGAGCAUUGUAAACCUAUCAGGCCGCGAUUUUGCCUCUACUUAAGGGUGUAUGCGGUUUUCUUUGUACAAAGCAUUCCCCGGAACCUGUGGCUCUGCUCACAUCCGUGUAGGCUGACGGGAGCGAGGCGGCGGUGCGCGCUGCUGGAAGGUUUCCCGGAGCCGCGUGGAGCCUCCAGCUGCAGAUCCAGACUGGGCAUCUCAUAGCCUAGGGAUUUUCAUCUGUUUGAACUGUUCGGGAAUCCAUCGCAAUAUUCCACAAGUCAGCAAGGUGAAGUCGGUCCGUCUGGAUGACUGGGAUGAUGCUCAAGUGGAGUUUAUGGCCUCAAAUGGGAACAAUGUAGCAAAAGCAAAAUACGAAUCGAAAAUGCCACCGUUUUAUUACAAGCCAACAUUUCUUGACUGUCAACUGCUGCGGGAACAGUGGAUCAGAGCCAAAUACGAAAGGAAAGAAUUCAUUCACAGUGAGAAGCAGGAGCCUUAUUCUGCAGGGUACCGAGAAGGGUUCCUGUGGAAGCGGGGACGUGACAACGGGCAGUUCCUCAGCCGAAAGUUUGUGCUGUCGGAGAGGGAAGGAGCGCUGAAGUACUUCAACAAAAACGACGCAAAAGAACCCAAAGCAAUUAUGAAGAUUGAACAUUUAAAUGCAACUUUCCAGCCUGCAAAAAUCGGGAACCCACACGGACUGCAGAUCACUUACUUGAAGGACAAUAGCACAAGGAACAUCUUUGUCUAUCACGAAGAUGGCAAGGAAAUAGUGGAUUGGUUCAAUGCCAUUCGCGCAGCGCGUUUUCAUUACUUACAAGUGGCAUUCCCUGGAGCCAGCGAUGCUGAUCUGGUGCCAAAGCUCUCUAGAAACUACCUGAAGGAGGGGUACAUGGAGAAAACAGGGCCCAAGCAAACAGAGGGAUUCAAGAAGCGAUGGUUCACCAUGGAUGACCGAAGGCUCAUGUAUUUCAAAGAUCCCCUGGAUGCCUUUGCAAGAGGGGAAGUGUUCAUUGGGAGCAAGGAGAACAGCUACAAAGUCCUGGAAGGGCUCCCACCAUCCACGCAGGGAAAUCACUGGCAGCACGGCAUCACCAUCGUCACUCCGGACAGGAAAUUCCUCUUUGCCUGCGAGACGGAGGACGACCAGCUGGAGUGGAUUACCACCUUCCAGAAAGUUAUCAGCAGGCCCAUGCUGCCUCAGGAAUACGCAGUGGAAGCCCAUUUCAAACAUAAACCUUAGAUGGGACUGGCUGGGCAGACCUGAGGAAUGAGCUUCUGUUUACAACACAACAUGGUUUUAUUUGAAAUGUUAAAAAAUAAUAAUAAUAAUAACAAUAAUAAUGAUAAUACUUCCCUUUCCCCUCAUCAUUCACUUGAUCAUGUCGGAGGCCAAGAAAGGCAGCAGCGAAACACGGGAGAAGAUGCUGAUCCAACCCAGAACUCACGUCCGCGGCUCCCCCUGCUCCUGGUGCCCACAUGUCUCUGCAGGUGGGGCACUGUGCUGCUGGAGGGGUCCCCCCCCGCGUGGUGAAGAGUCUCGGGGACACAUCUCCUGGGGACGGGGCACUCCCUGGACAACGUGGUCUGUGGUGCGAAACCCUAACGGGUUCCUUGUGGAAAGUGACGGCUGUUCCGGGGGAUGGGAGGCUGCGCCCUGCCCACAACACUGCAGCAGCUGGCUGCUGGGGUUGGUGCUAAGCUGCUUUUCCUCCUCCACGGCUCCUUGCUGCCUCAGCUCACAGGGAUCUAGACCGAUCUAGGCCGAAGCCUCCUGAGCUCUGGCAACAGAGCUCCCCUGGCCCAGCCCCGCCGGGCUCAACCCAUGGCCCUGCUGCUCCGGGGACCCUGCCCUGCUCCCUGCCACAUGUUUCCAGGGGAGAGCGAGCCCCUGAGAUGCCGACACCUAAAAACUAGAAGAGAGAAAUGAUUGUCUUUAAAUGUAGGAAGCUGCAGCUGAACUGGUGGGGGAGUUUGGAGAUGACUGAAACGUGUGUCCUCACCCGCGUCCUCCACAGUCCCUAAAACUGAAAGGAGAAGCAGCACCAGAGCUCAGAGCAGCUUACAACAGCUCCUGGGAGGAAGCUCGUCCCCGUGUUACUUCCCAGGGACAGUGCUUCCUGGGCUGUGCCAUUGCCUGCUUCUCCCUUCCCAACAGGGGCUGGGGAGCGGUGCUGAUCCCGGCUGAGCCCUCUGUCCUCGGGGCACCCGCUCUCGUGGUGGCAUGCAGGUGGAUGGAGCCGUGCUGGGGCUGCUGGUGCCUGCGGGCUGUCUCGUGAUGCGUCCGUGUUGCCAAAUGGCCGAUCCUCCCGAUGUCAUAGAGGUAAAUGAUAAAUAAAUGACUGCAGUGUGGGUGAGCAUCA